AUGUAUAGUUAAAGGUUGUUCUGUCGGAAAACAAACAAAGGCUGUUGCUAGAUUCUAUCUUGGAAACCAGAUCUUUCUCUGUUUUCAAAUAAAACUCUUCUAGUUGCCACUUUCACUUUGAUACCGACGCUUAUGCUACCUCGUUAUCUUUCUUCUCAAAAAAACACUAAUCUUUGCUUUUCCUCUACGAUUUUCUGAAAAGUUCAUCUAACACGGUUUGAAAUGCACAACAAAAAUAACCAUAUAAAGCCAAGUUCAAACCUUUCUUUCCUUUUCCUCUUCUUCAAGAAAAAACCUCAUUACAGAAAUCAUCACUAAUUUUCACAUUGCUUUCUUUAUUCUGCAUAAUCUUUGCUUUUUUAUUCUCAAAACCCUUUCUUUCAUCACCCUUUUGUUUCUCUUCCUCAUUUUGGGAGACUCGAAGUGGAAAACAUUUUGGGAUUCAACAAGUUUGUGACUGUUAAGUGAUAUUAAUGAUUAAUAGCGCCAAUGGGGUUCUAAAUUAUUGUGUUUGUGAUAAUUUUGUUUGUUUUGUUGACUUCAAAGUCAAGUACUUUUUUUGAGACUAUAGGGAAUUUCCCACUUUGGCUGUUAGUUCUAGGGCUGGCUCAUCUUAUUGGCUCUUUUUGUCUAUUAUUUGGAAUAAUUUACUCUACCAUUUUGAUAAAAGAAGAUUAAGGGUUGGUAGAAUGAAGAUGAAGAAGCUUAAAUUCAGCAAGAUCUAUUCAUUUAGAUGUGGUAAAACAAACUUAAGGAGACAGUAUUCACAGAUUGGAAGACAAGGGUAUUCUAGGGUUGUUUUAUGCAAUGAGCCAGAUAGUUUUGAAUCAGGUUUUAGGAGUCAUGCUGAUAAUUCAGUUAGGUCUACAAAAUAUACUGUUGCCACUUUCUUGCCUAAGUCAUUGUUUGAGCAGUUUAGGAGAGUAGCUAAUUUCUUUUUCUUGGUUGUUGGUAUCUUAGCUUUCACAAAACUUGCUCCUUAUACAGCUGUUAGUGCCAUCCUUCCUUUAUGUAUUAUCACUGGAGCAACUAUGGUGAAAGAGGGUAUCGAGGAUUGGCGUCGGAAAAAGCAGGAUAUUGAGGUGAACAAUAGAAGAGUUUUUUUUCAUAAAGGUGAUGGAAAUUUUGAAUAUACAGAGUGGAAGAAUCUCAAGGUCGGGAAUAUAGUGAAGAUAAUGAAGGACGAAUUCUUCCCUGCUGAUCUCUUAUUGCUUUCGUCGAGUUAUGACGAUGCAGUGUGCUAUGUUGAGACCAUGAACUUGGAUGGUGAGACAAAUUUGAAGUUAAAACAAGGGUUGGAUGCCACUUCUUCCUUAAACGAGGACUUUAAUUUCCGUGAUUUUAAAGCUUCCGUCAAAUGUGAAGAUCCGAAUGCAAAUUUGUACUCAUUUGUUGGGAGCAUGGAGUUUGAAGGGCAACAAUAUCCCCUUUCGCCUCAACAACUUCUUCUACGAGACUCUAAACUUCGUAAUACAGACUACGUAUUUGGAGCAGUCAUUUUUACCGGUCAUGACACGAAGGUUAUUCAAAAUGCAACUGACCCUCCUUCAAAAAGAAGCAAAAUUGAGAAGAAGAUGGAUAAGAUUAUCUACUUCUUAUUUGGUGUUUUAUUUUUAAUUGCUUUAGUUGGUUCUAUUCUCUUUGGAAUUGUAACUAAACGUGACUUCGACAACGGACUCAUUAAAAGAUGGUAUCUAAGACCAGAUGAUUCCACCAUUUUCUUUGAUCCUAAAAGAGUCGUUGCAGCUUCUAUAUUUCAUUUUUUGACAGCCUUAAUGUUAUAUAACUUCUUCAUUCCAAUCUCCUUGUAUUUCUCAAUAGAAAUAGUCAAAGUCCUUCAGAGCAUCUUCAUUAAUCAAGAUAUUCAUAUGUACUAUGAAGAAGCGGACAAACCUGCUCAUGCUCGUACUUCGAACUUGAACGAGGAACUCGGCAAUAUUGACACGAUUCUUUCUGAUAAAACGGGAACUUUGACUUGCAACUCAAUGGAAUUCAUCAAGUGUUCUGUUGCCGGGGUAGCUUAUGGCCGUGGUGUUACAGAGGUUGAGCAAGCCAUUGGUAUAAAUAAUAGUUCACUGAUGAUUCAUGAACAUGUUAAUGGGUCGGAACCAAAUUCAAAUGAUAUCAGGGAAGCUCGUGAUAGAAAAGAACCUAUCAAAGGUUUUAACUUUAUUGAUGAAAGGAUAAUGAAUGGAAAUUGGGUUAACGAGCCUCGUGCAGAUGUAAUACAAAAGUUUUUCCGGUUAUUGGCGAUCUGUCAUACUGCCAUACCAGAAGUGGAUGAUACGGGAAGAGUCUUGUAUGAAGCAGAAUCACCCGAUGAAGCUGCAUUUGUGAUUGCUGCGAGAGAGGUUGGUUUUAAAUUCUACAAAAGGACUCAGACUAGUUUAUCGAUGAAAGAGUUGGAUCCAAUUUCUGGCAAUGAAGUUGAAAGGACAUACAAGCUUCUCAAUGUUUUAGAAUUCAAUAGUUCAAGGAAGCGAAUGUCGGUGAUAGUUAAAGAUGAAGAAGGGAGAAUUUUGCUACUCUGUAAAGGUGCUGACAGUGUCAUGUUCGAAAGGCUUGCCAAGAACGGGAGGGAGUUUGAAGAGAAAACUUUGGAACACGUGAGUGAAUAUGCUGACACAGGUCUAAGAACCCUGCUACUGGCCUAUCGUGAACUUGAUGAAGAAGAAUACAACGAGUUUGACAGUAAAUUUUCUGAAGCAAAAAAUUCAGUCACCGUUGAUCGUGAAUCACUGAUUGAGGAAGUAUCAGAUAAGAUUGAGAGGAAUCUUGUCCUUCUUGGUGCCACUGCCGUAGAAGACAAGCUCCAAAACGGGGUUCCUGAUUGUAUUGAAAAGCUUGCUCAAGCUAGAAUUAAGAUAUGGGUUUUAACUGGGGAUAAAAUGGAGACUGCCAUCAACAUUGGUUUUUCUUGUCGCCUGCUUCGACAAGGAAUGAAACAGAUUAUAAUUCAUUUGGAGAUUCCAGAAAUUCAAACUUUGGAGAAGGGUGGAGAUAAGAUGGCCAUCAUCAAGGCAUCAAGGGAAAGUGUGUAUCAUCAGAUAUCUGAAGGUUCUAAAUUGCUUUCGGCAUCCAGAGAGAUCUCUCAGCAAGCGUUUGCUCUGAUAAUUGAUGGAAAAUCUCUUGUUUAUGCUCUUGAGGAUAAUAUAAAAAUCUUGUUUUUAGAGCUUGCAACUCAAUGUGCAUCUGUUAUCUGCUGUCGCUCAUCUCCAAAGCAGAAGGCAUUGGUUACUAGAUUGGUCAAACAUGGAACUGGUAAAACAACAUUAGCUAUUGGUGAUGGAGCUAAUGAUGUAGGAAUGCUUCAAGAAGCUGAUGUAGGUGUUGGAAUCAGUGGUGUUGAAGGAAUGCAGGCUGUCAUGUCAAGCGAUAUUGCAAUUGCACAGUUCCGGUAUUUGGAAAGAUUACUUCUUGUACACGGACAUUGGUGUUACUGGAGAAUGUCCUCAAUGAUAUGCUACUUUUUCUACAAGAAUAUUACAUUUGGCUUCACUCUAUUCUUAUAUGAGAUGUAUGCAUCAUUCUCUGGACAACCAGCAUACAAUGACUGGUUUUUAUCAUUCUAUAGUGUUUUCUUUUCUUCACUUCCUGUAAUUGCCCUUGGGGUCUUUGACCAGGAUGUAUCUGCCAAGUACUGUAUCAAGUUUCCUAUCUUAUACCAAGAAGGUGUACAAAAUAUCCUAUUUAGCUGGCGCCGAAUUCUAAGCUGGAUGCUCAAUGGAUUCGUCAGUGCCAUAACGAUAUUCUUCUUCUGCACGAAAGCAAUAGGGAUUCAAGCCUUCGACGAUAAAGGAAGAACUGCCGGAAAAGACAUGCUAGGAGAAACCAUGUAUACAUGUGUGGUUUGGGUAGUAAACUUGCAAAUGGCGCUUACAGUCCGUUACUUCACCUUGGUACAUCAUGUUGUCAUAUGGGGUUCUAUUGCUUUUUGGCAUCUUUUUCUCUUUAUUUAUGGAUCAUUGCCUCCAAACAUUUCCACAAAUGCUUACAAAGUCUUUGUUGAGACUCUUGCUCCUUCUCCUUCGUUUUGGAUCGUCGCAUUAUUUGCGGCGGUUUCUACAUUAAUACCGUUCCUUGCUUGCUCAACGGUUAAAAUGUGGUUCUUUCCGAGGCAUCAUGAAAGGGUGCAAUGGAUGAGGUAUCAGAGCAAGAAUAAUAAUAAUGAUUCUGAAUAGAAAAUCAUUGCUGCCAACAACUACUAACCUUAGUGAAUGAAUAUAUGUAAUUUUGACAUUUUUUGAAAUGUAAAGGAUGAUGUAGUUGAGAAUGGGAGAUAUUGUACAUGUGUAGAAUUUAAAAAGACUGGUCCCUCAAUUUUAAUUUAGGGUUAAAUAAAUUGUGAGUCUCUAUAAA